UCUAUGACAAGAACUUCGAGCAGCAGCAGAGUUCGCCAUUUUGGAAGGCAGCUUUGUUCGUACACAAAAGUACAGAUAAAACAUCGUUAUUUUUUUCUUCAGUUUUUUAAAAACCUAUUAGUUGUUUGGGGUGCAUCAGUCGAUAGAUAAAAUGCGACAGGCAAAGCGAAUUCGUUCCCCUGGCGUUUGGCUCCGUGAGUUCAGCUGGGAGGAGAGCCGAAAGCGCCAGAAGCGAGAUGAUUCGAAUAGCAGUGUAAGGGAGAAUAAAUCUCGAAGACGUCAACAACCCCUCAAAACACAUGAAGGGCACUACCUGGAGACCCACAGCCUGAACCAGAGGAGGAUAGAGUCUAAGGACAGGAGGGCCAGAGAAGCCAGCCUGGAGAUGGGCUAUGACGAGGACAACAGGGCCGCCGCCACCAGGGACAGAGAUCGGGAGAAGGACAAGGAGUGGCACCACUACAGCAAGUCAUCUGGGCGGAGUGGCAAGAGUGGCCGUAGUAGCCGCCGAGGGCGGAGACGCAGCCCUUCUCAACGCUCCUCUUACUCGAGGAGCCAUCAUCGCAGGAGCAGGAAAAGAUCCCGGAGUGUUGAGGAUGAUGACGAGGGUCACCUGAUCUAUCACAGGGGAGACAUGCUAAGAGCCAGAUAUGAGAUUGUGUCCACUCUAGGAGAAGGAGCCUUUGGGAAAGUCGUGGAAUGCAUCGAUCACUCUAAAAUUGGUUCUCGCGUGGCACUGAAGAUCAUUAAAAACAUUGACCGGUACCGCGAAGCAGCCAUGGCUGAGGUGGAGGUGCUGGAACAGAUGAACUCUCUGGACUGUGACCGGAGAUAUGGAUGUGUGAGGAUGCUGGACUGGUUCGACCACCACGGUCACGUGUGUAUAUCGUUUGAGCUGCUGGGGCUCAGUACCUAUGACUACCUGAAGGAGAACAACUUCCAGCCGUUCCCGGUAGAACACAUCAGGAUCAUGGCCUACCAGAUCAUCCGAGCCGUACGAUUCUUGCAUAAGAACAAGCUGACACACACUGACCUGAAGCCCGAGAACAUUCUGUUUGUGGACUCAGAGUACGACAUCAAGUACAACGCCAAAAUGAAGCGUGACGAGAGGACGUUGAAGAACCCGGACGUGAAGGUGGUUGAUUUUGGCAACGCCACAUAUGAACACAACCACCACACCUCCGUAGUGUCCACACGCCACUACCGCGCUCCAGAGGUCAUUCUGGAUCUGGGCUGGGACCAUGCCUGUGACGUGUGGAGUCUGGGCUGUAUCCUCAUUGAGUACUACCUGGGAUCAACUCUCUUCCAGACCCACGACAGUAAAGAACACCUGGCUAUGAUGGAGAGGGUCCUGGGCCCCAUACCGGUACAUCUCCUGCAGAAAACCAAGAAGCGGCGGUAUGUCCAUCGGUACCAGCUGGACUGGGAUGCACUCAGCUCCUCUGGGAGAUACGUGAGGAAACACUGCAAACCACUCAAGCAAUACAUGAUGGUCCAGAGCUUGGACCACGACCAGCUGUUUGACCUGAUCCAGAAGAUGCUGGAGUACGACCCAGCUAAACGCCUCUCCCUGGACCAGGCUCUCAGACACCCCUUCUUCACCUGCCUACGCAAGGCCACCAGGAAAUGACCUUUAACCCCCAGAGUGGACCCCAACCUGACCCUGCCUAUCAUCGUGACAAUCAUCACAACCGUUGUGGCCAUGACCAUCACCAUGACAACUGUGAUGAUUGACGAUCGCCAUAGCCCUACAUUGACUCUCCGGGAGAGAUUGUUUACCUCUGGCUGUAUCAGUCCGCCCACGUGGCUUUUUGUCCAUUGCUGUCAUGCUAGUUAGUGUUAAUGUAUUGCGAGUUGUAUCGUUGUAGCAACCAGGAUCACUGAUGAAGCUGGUGCGUUAUUCUAUGGGCUGUCAGACUUAAUCAGUUAACUCCAGUUAAUGCUGUUUUUUUAAUUGCGAUUUAUUGCAUUGUCUAAAUGCUUUCCAAAGACACUGAAAACAUCCCAAAUACAUAACCUAUUCAGCUAAAAACUAGUUGACAUUGAGGUUAAAGAAAGUGUGCUUUUUCAAUUUACCUAAUUCUGCUAACCGUUAGGCAAAAUCAAGAUGUCAAUAUUCUUGUAUUGUUUUUGUAUAAAAAAUCUUACAUUUCACCUUAAUUUGAGCAAAUUCAGAAUUUGCGAUUUAAUCAAAGCAAAUCUUGUAACUCACUGGAUGAUAUUUUUGUUUGACUGCCCUGAGUUUUUUCCCAAGUCCCUUUUUUCAGUAUGACUGGAUUUGUAACUUUUGGAAUAUCGCUGUGUUUGCAUUUGUCAAUAAAAACGUCUGGAGUAUGACUGUAUAUGUAAAAAUAAAGUACCCUGUGCACAGCA